GGCUGAACUGGGACUCGUCCCUUCACCCGCACUCGUACUGGGGCUCCGGCUCGUACUCCGUCUGUGAGACAAACGUGACGCGGCCAAAGCCCGUCUCGGGGGUAAUCGGUGCCGCCUUCAGUGGAGUCAGCAUCAACGUCGCCAAAAUUCUACAAAUAUUUAAGAUCCCGCAGAUCAGCUACGCGUCCACGAGUACGGAGCUGUCGGACAAGACUCGGUUCGAGUACUUUUCGCGCGUGGUGCCGCCCGACAACCGGCAGGCUCAGGCCAUGGUGCAGGUGGUCCGGGCGCUCGGCUGGAAAUACGUCAGUACUGUGGCCGUGCAGGGGGACUACGGCGAGAAGGGUAUCUCCUCGUUCACCAGCCAGGCCAGCAGCGCCGGGAUCUGUGUGGCAGUCGCGGAGAAGAUCCUACGCAAUGCCAACGAGACCGACUUUGACAACACGAUCGCACAUCUGGCCGCCAAGCCGGAGGCGCGCGGUGUCAUCAUGUUUGUGGACGAGGACAACAUCAGGAAACUUUUGGCGGCCGCUGUGCGCGCCAACAUCACGGACCGCUUCCUCUGGGUGGGCAGCGACUCGUGGGGUGCCAAGGUGCACCCGGUCAGGAACCAGGAGCACGUGGCCGAGGGCGCCAUCACCAUCCUGCCCCAGCGCACCCCGCUGCCCGGGUUCGACAAAUAUUUCCGCUCCUUGCGGCCGCCGGUGCGGGAGGACGACUGUAUCGGAGGCCAACCACGGCGACCGCACAUCAACUGCCGCGACAUCUGGUUCCACGAGUUCUGGAGCCAGGCCUUCAACUGCACAUUCGACCGGAGGGAGCGGGGCGUGCGCCGCUGCACGGGCAACGAGACGCUCACCAAGUACAAACAGGAGGGACUCGUGCCGUUUGUAGUGGACGCCGUGUACGCGCUGGCUCACGCGCUGCACAACAUGCUGGUGGCGCGCUGUGGCGGAGUGACCCUCUGCAAGGAGGUGCAACCGGUACCCGAUGGACAGCAGCUGCUCAAACAUAUCCGGAACGUCUCCUUCAUAGGCAGACAGAAGCGGAAAGUUCGCUUUAAUGAAUAUGGAGAUGCCAUCGGGUUCUACAAUAUCUACCAGUUCCAGAAGAGGGAUGGAAAAUAUGAAUACUAUCAAAUUGGAGAGUGGGUUGAAAGCCUGAGCUACCUGAGCACCAGUAAGAUGAAGUGGCGAGGUGACAGCAGUGAGACGCCAUCCUCUAUCUGCAGUCAGCCGUGUCCGCUCGGCAAGAUUCGCAACUUUCAGGACGCGUGCUGCUGGAGCUGCGUCAAAUGUCCGGAGGGCGACCGGAUCGACAACGACACGUGCGUGGAGUGUCCGCUGGGCCACCUGCCGACGGCCGACUACCGCUCGUGCUACCGGCUCACGGCCGAGUACAUGGCCUGGAGCUCCGGCUGGGCGCUGGUACCGGCCGCCAUCAGCUCGGUCGGCAUCGUCGUCACACUGCUGGUCAUCGCCGUCUUCCUGCGCUUCAACAACACACCCGUCAUCAAGGCGUCGGGCCGCGAGCUCUGCUACGUCCUGCUCUGCGGCAUCGUCGUCUGCUACGCCAUGACGUUUGUGAUCCUGAUGAAGCCGUCGGUGGUGUCGUGCACCAUGAUGAGGAUCGGACUCGGUCUGUGUCUCAACAUCUGCUACAGCGCCCUGCUCACCAAGACGAACCGGAUCUCCCGUAUCUUCAACAUGGGUAUGAGGAGCAUCAAACGACCGCCCUACACAUCGCCGAGGUCCCAGAUCGCCAUCUGCUUCGGCCUGGUGUCGAUUCAGCUAAUCGGUAUCGUAGUCUGGCUGAUCCUGGAGCGACCCUCCACCAAGGAGGUCUACCCGAACCGGCGAACAGCCGUGCUUACCUGUGGCAUCAGCAGUCUCUCGCAGGUGGUUUCCCUCGGCUAUAACAUGGUGCUCAUCAUACUCUGCACCUGGUACGCCUUCAAGACGCGCAAGAUACCCGAGAACUUCAACGAGGCCAAGUACAUCGGCUUUACCAUGUACAGCACAUGCAUCGUGUGGCUGGCCUUCGUACCCAUCUACUUCACGACGUAUAACGAGUAUAAGGUGCAGCUGGCCAGUCUGUGCAUCUGUGUCACCAUCAGCGCUACGGUGGCUCUGCUCUGUCUGUUCACUCCCAAACUGUACAUCGUCAUCUUCCAGCCGUACAAGAACGUCCGGCAGGCGGGCGGUGGCAAUCAGAACUCUGCUGGCCGGCCGAACAACAUGCGGUUCGCACGGACACGACAGAUCCCGACAGCGAGCUCACAGCUGACACAGCUCAACUCGGCCCCGGCGUCAUCCAUGUCGCUCAACGUGAAGGCGCUGAGCACGGCUUCAGAGGGCGAGCCGGCGGCCAACGGCAACACGCCUCUGCUGAGCCCGGCCGGCGCCGGCGGCUCCUGCGCUCCUCUGCUGCCUCCGACCAGUGAGUGUCCUCCUCCAGCCGAUCUUCUCUCCGAGAAAACACCAGCGGAGGACCCGCCGGCGCUGGUGCCGCCCCCGACGGAUGCCCCGGACUCGGCGGCACCAGAGAAGGCCGAGCAGCCUGCGCCGGGUCCUCUGCCGACGGCACGCAGCCUCGACCGAAUUCUGGAGAAAUUGGAGCUCAGUGACUCGGUGAGACGCAGUGCCAGCGCCUACUUCAGCUCCGGCGAGGACAUACAGAUCGUCAAACACGAAGAGAUCUGGAUCUGA